CUGCGUUCAUGUCGGUCUUCACCCUACCCAACGAGCUUCUUCUGCAUAUCUGCUCUCAAUUCCUGCCUCCUCCAGACAUCCUGACGCUCCGACAGACUUGUCGCAAGUUUGCCAACGUGAGCCGGGACCGAAGCCUCUGGCUGCACUUCCUCCGCGGAUUGCGGCGCAGAGGGGAUGUACCACUUCCAGAGGCGGCGGAUCGCAGUGCCGCCUUCUCAGGAGACCUUGAACGCAUCGUCAUCGCAGCAUCGAGGACGGCGGAUACUUGGCAGCUCCCACGCGCCCCGAUCCACGUCUUUACUCCUUAUCGGGGAGAAACGAUUCUCGGCCUCGAGAUAUUUGAAGAUUUGUGGAUCCUCAUUUUGUACACCAAUGGUCUCGUGUAUCUGCACAGAACAAACUCGCCGGAGAGCCCGCCGGCGGCAGAGAUAUUGCUCCCAGCGGACACACGUUGGCGCUCGUAUUCCGCACGCAUGCGCGACCAUACCAUAUUUUUCGCGAUCUCAGACUGGUCCGACUCGUGUGAAACUCGCCUGUAUGCGAUUGACACGCGAGCUCCCGGGGUUGACCGAGGUUUUGAGCUGAUUGACAAGUUCUUUACGGCGGAGAGGACGGUCUGCGCGCUUGACCUGAUCAGAGAACUGCUUUUCAUGAACACGGCUGACGAAGUCCUGGAUAUCAUCCAGUGGAGGCAAAAUCCGAGUACUGUGACACAGUUAUCAGUGGAGAACGAGGUGGAUGAGUUUUAUAAUGGUGUGUUGGCACUACGGUGCUUCACAAAUGGCUUUCUCCUCGUUCGGAUGCACACGAUCGAGCUGCGGAAAACAAAGCCAUCAUCCUUCGAACGAGACGGUGAUGCCAUCACACACCACCUUCCGCACUCUCUGCGGGAGAAAAACAUAUCGAUGUCCGAAACCCAACUCGACGCAAAGACCAGCACCGCUCGAAUCCAUCUUCUGGUGCACGACUCUCACGACCUGAACUACUACACGAUCACCGUGGGCACGGCGGACGGCGGAGCGUUUUCUCUGGAGGUGGCGCACACGCGGACGACCCAGCCGGCGCAGACACAGGUCCCCCAUUACCAGCGCCCGUUUGUGAGUACCCAUGCGCUCGGCGCGCAGGGGAUCCGCGCGGUGUGGAUCGAGCGCGAGAGCCUGCGGAUGAGCCGGUGUGUGCGUCUGUGCGCUAUCGCGAACACCCGCGCCCGCGAGGACAUGCAGAUGGAAAGCGCCGCCACCGUGUUCGAAUCGUCCUCGUACGAUUUACGAGGCGCCAGAAAGCAUGACCCUCCUCAACUCAUCCGGCACACUACUAUGAAGCUCAUCAUCACAGGCGCGACGGGCUACGUCGGAACAGAGACCGUGUCUCAAGCUUGCAAGGAUCCCAGAAUAACUUCAGUGGUCGCUGUCUCGCGUAAACCGAUUCCAGCUCCCGAAGGCACGCCUGCAGGCAAAUUCAAGAGCGUCGUCGUCAGCGACUACGACCAGUAUCCCGACGAGGUGAAGAGGGAGUUUGCGGGCGCCGCUGCGUGUAUCUGGUGCUCGGUGGAAGUUGGCCCAGCAGAAGCCAAGCGCAUUUCCCGCAUAUCGACGCUCGUCGGCAUCCAAGCGCUCGCAGAUUCGUCUCCUGCCAAGCCGUUCCGAUUCUGCUAUAUGAGCGGGUCCGGAGCCAUCCGAGACCAAACCGCGAAGGUUGAAGGAGAAUUUGCGGAGUUUUAUCUGAUGCGCGGUGAUGUGGAAAAUGCCGUCUUUGAUUUGGCGGGCGAGCUUGACGGAUUCGAGGCGUGUGCGGUGAGACCGGGAGUGAUCACCGAGCGUGCUAAGAUAGAAGACUCGCGCGACUUCGCGAACAAGAACGGCUGGCCCAUUAUCGCCACGGAGGAUUGCGUCGCGUUGAUGCUGCAUCUGGUCGUCAACGGUUUCGAGAAGGAUAUACUGUCGAAUGACGAGAUGGUGGCUGCUGCAAAGCAAAUCUAGGUAACCUACUGUACAACGCACCUUCCUUUGAGCAUCUAGCACCGCACGCCCCAAACAAUUUUGUAGCCUUGACCGAAAUACUUUCAUUGCCAUUGAUGAUGCAAAUCUUGGAUCUGUGACUUACCCGCUGAGAGAUGUUCUUG